AUUUCAUUGCUGUCGUUGUCCGGUAAACGAGUUAUGCAUUUUAAAAAGUAAUUAAGUACCUAAAUAAGAAAAACGAAUACAUAAGUAACUUAUGUAUUUAUUAGAAAAUAUAAUAGUGAUUGAUAAUACAGAGUAACUGCAAAAGCAUUUUAGAAUGGAACCCAUGACUUUAGGAAGUCCAACUCAUUCUCCUUCUGGGAGCCCUAACGUGGGAUAUUUGCCUCCUUUCUUGUUGGGCGAAAUAAAUCCACCGACUAUGACGGCGAUGUCUCCGCGGACGAAUAGCUUGUCACCAACGAAAGGCCGUAGUCUUGCUUUUGGCUCCCCAACAAGCCCAACUCAAACUUCCACCCCAGAACAGAAGUUAUAUCGCCAGAACAUGUCAAUGCAAAAGCAAGCCCUAUACAACCAUCAGAACAUAUACCCUAACAUGCCUCAGUCACCCAACGUUUCAUACUCGGCCAAGACCAACGGACCUCCCAUAGAAGACUUAUUUGACACUAUAAAGAGCGAACCUUCUGUCAACAAGUCGUUAUUUCAAGAGAACAGUUUCUUAGGCUAUGGCAAUAAUAAUUCCUUAAUGCAGAAUUCAUAUGUAAAUAAUGUGAAUAAUCAAUCGUAUGGAGCAUGGCAAGAUGGUUGUCAGGAGCAGGAUGAGUACUGGGUCACAGUGUUUGGGUUUCCACCCAAUGCAGCGAACACAGUGCUGGCUAGAUUUAGUAACUGUGGUGCUAUACUUGAUAAGCAAUAUCCCACCCCUGGCAAUUGGGCCCACAUCCGCUACGCGACGCGCGCGGAGAAGGAGCGAGCGCUGGCGCUCAGCGGCCGCCAGGUGCUGCCCGGAGUGAUGGUGGGCGUCGUGGAGUGCCGCGAGCCGCCGCGCCGCCCCGACACCAGCCCCAACGUUACUAUGGAACGACAAAGCACUGCAAGAUCUCUUUGCCCCACACCGAUCCCCAACGCCCCGGUGCCCCAGCGGUCAAGUGGAAUCAUCUCCAAGGCGUUAGAUUACGUGCUCGGCUGGUGACACAUACUGUACCUUACACGUCAAAUGAAUUCCCUUACUUUAUGGAAGUGUAAUUAGUUUAAUGCUAUUGUGAAAAACUGAUCGCACUUCAGUAGCACAGCUCACUACAGUUAUGGAACUUGUAAUAAAACGUUGACGCUUCAAUGUUACUGGCAGGUGUCAAAUGUUUCCUACAUUUACGCUAGGGAGCCCAUGAAUCGCCAAUUUUUCUUUGAUUUCACGUCAUCCAUAGCCUAAUAUU